AUGUCCGCCAUCCAAAACCAAAUCGCACAAGGCGCCGUUCCCAAUGCUGUCUCCAAUGUCUGCCCGCAAGGUACCAAAUUUCACGUCCUAGAAUGCGGCUGGCUCGAAUGCGAUGAGGGCUUUGUUACGCGCGGCGGUAACACCUCAACGAAAUCCACGGAGGGCAAAUCCUUCGUCAACAAGCGCCGCCAGAUGCCGAUGUACUGUAUCCUGAUCGAGCAUCCCCACGAGGGUCUGAUCCUCUGGGAAACUGGCAGCGGAAAGAACUAUCCUGAAGUCUGGGGCCCUGUUGUUGCGGAUAUCUUUGCACGCGUCCGGUAUGAGCCACAGCAUGAGCUGCGGGCUGCGAUCGAGGCGACGGGAAACAGGGUCGAAGACGUCAAGAAGAUCAUCAUCGGCCACCUGCAUCUGGAUCACGCCGGAGGUCUGGAUGAGUUCAUGGAUAACAAGGACGUUGAGGUCUGGGUGCAUGAGCGGGAAUUUCAUUCUGCGUUUUGGUCUGUGGGGACGGGCGCUGAUGCGGGCGUUUACCUUGCGCAUUACUUGAAUCUGUCGCUGAACUGGAAAACAUUCAACGACCAAACCCUCGACUUCUGCCAGGGCAUCACCCUGCACCAUCUACCAGGCCAUACGGAUGGAAUGAUUGGGAUGCAAAUCAACAUGCCUGAAACAGGAACCUUUUUCUUCAUCAGUGACCAUUGCCACGUUCUGGAGAAUUGGAUCGACGGUAUCCCUCAGGGAUGGCUGGCUCGAGACCACCCAGCGUGGUUUCGGAGCACUCAGCGCUUGAAGCAAUUGGAGAGGAUAACGAGAGGGCGAGUUAUCCCGGGCCAUGACGAGAAGACGUUUCUAGAUCUGCAGAAGCAGGCGAAGGUGUUUACAUAG